CCUCUCGAUUUUCUGGUUGCACUUUUAAGUCUGAUUCUUCGUCGGUGUGCUUUUGAAUAGGAAAUACGCGAAAUCGGCAUAUCGUGAUUGGUGUAUAAUAUUUUCAUGUCGCUCUGGAGUAUCUCAGAAAUAUUUGAGAUUCUUUAUGACACAAUUUUGCGUAAAUUUUCAAUUCUUUUGGAGUUUUGAAAAAUUUGAAGAAAAGUUUAAGAAAACAGUGUGUGAUUAAUUAAUUGUGAUUAAUUUUGUUAAUUAAUUGAAGAAUAUAAAACAAUGUGAGCAGGUCGGAAGCUGAGUUCCCUCGCAAUGGACUUUUAUGAGCAAAAGCAUUAAUGAAGAAUCAGACGUGUUAAAAAGUGAAAACUAGAAAGAAAGUGUAUAUUUUUCAAAAGGAAAUAAUUGCUGAAAAUAUACUGUGUGUAAUUAUUAUCAAGAAUCAAAAUUCUUAUUAGAAUUAUUAUAAUGCUCAUCAGCUAUUGAAAUGUAUUGAUGGAUAAUUAGCCAAAAUAAUUGGCUUGAUGAUUCCACAAAAUGCUGUAAUAAAUAAAAAGACUGCUAUUAUAUUUAAAUUAAACAUUAAUUUGCAUAUGGAAGAUUAAGCCACUUAAAAAUAAAUUGUUUAAAAUUGCAUCGUUAAUAAAACAGAAGAAUUGCUCAAAAAUAUGUUCCUAAAGGGUCUUCAUCUUUAGAAACAAAAGCGGAACAUGCACCUGGAAAAGAUAUGCUCCAGAGUUGUCAGUCAGUCAAGUGGAAAAAUACAGUGACAUAAAUAAGGAAAUGAUUUAAGCAAAGAAGAAUCGUAUCCACGUAUACAUCACAAAGGUGUUUUUGCUAGUUGACCUUAUAUCAACUAAUAAUCGAUCUUGUUCUGUAAGAAGGCGUGGAGGCAACACUCGUCAUCAUAAUUAACAUUGUCAUCCUUAAAAUCGUACAGAGAUGGAAAGUGCAAGCGCACCGGGCACAGUGCUGGAGCUGAAAACACGAAGACAGCAAUUUCAGACGCAGUCGUCAACCUUGGACACGAGAAGGAGGCAAGCGGUUUGCGUGAGAAGAGCCUGCAAAAAGUAUGGCUCCAAGAACAACCCGAAUGUCAUUUUGGAUGGGCUUAAUAUGACUGUGCCAAAGGGUACGAUUUAUGGACUACUUGGCGCGAGCGGAUGUGGAAAGACUACUUUAUUGUCAUGCAUCGUUGGCCGAAGACGUUUAAACUCCGGUGAAAUUUGGGUACUUGGAGGCCGCCCGGGCUCGAAGGGAUCCGGUGUACCCGGUCCCCGAGUCGGCUAUAUGCCGCAAGAAAUUGCCCUCUACGGGGAGUUCUCCAUUCGGGAAACGUUUAUCUAUUUCGGCUGGUGUGCCGGCAUGACGACGGAGCAAGUAGAAGACAAGCUGGAGUUUCUGAUCAAGUUCUUGCAACUACCAUCUGAAAAUCGUUUCGUCAAGAAUCUAUCGGGUGGCCAGCAAAGAAGAGUAUCAUUCGCUGCAACACUUUUAGCCGAUCCUGAACUUUUGAUACUGGAUGAACCGACAGUUGGGGUUGAUCCUGUGUUACGGCAGAGCAUCUGGGACCAUCUAGUACAGAUUACUAAGGGCGGCAACAAAACAAUCAUUAUUACUACACAUUAUAUUGAAGAGACCAGACAAGCCGGUAUGAUCGGCCUCAUGAGAGGCGGUAAAUUUCUAGCGGAAGAGUCGCCAAGAAGGCUCAUGGAAAUGCAUCGAUUAGACACUUUGGAGGAUGUUUUCUUGAAAUUAAGUAAAAGACAAAAUUUAGGAUUAAGAAGAAGAAGUAGUAUUCUAAGUAGCGUGACCGGUGUUCCGCCAGAAGAUGAUGUGGAAGAUGAAAUGAGUGGCGAAUUUGGCGAUAAUGUUAGCGUGUCUAGUCGAAGGAGAAGUGUAGCCGUUACGGAUGGCAAUAUGCCAGAGCUACCUCCGGAGGAAGAAGGUUCUUCGAAAUUUACUAUGCUUAAUUCGAUGCAUAUGAAGGCCCUUAUUUGGAAAAAUUUACUGUGGAUGUGGCGGAAUGUUGCAAUGAUGUUGUUUAUUAUUGGAUUACCGGUCGCCCAAAUUAUUCUCUUCUGCAUUUCCAUUGGUAAGGAUCCCGUAGGUCUAAAUGUAGCGAUCAUCAAUAACGAACUCAACAACAGCAUGGAACCUUGUAUUCCUACAACCGGAUGCGAUUGGUCACUAUUGAGUUGUCGAUAUCUUCAGCAACUGCAGAAAAGAACCGUAAAGUUCCUCCCCUACGAUACUGAAGAAGAAGGUAGAAAUGCUGUGGAAAACGGUUGGGCAUGGGCUUCUAUAACUUUCCCGGCGAAUUAUUCUGACGCUCUCAUGGCGAGAAUAGAUGAUGGCAGAUAUGCCGCGGAUUGGGAUGUCGACUUUUCGGAAAUGAAAGUUGUUAUGGAUAUGUCCAACCAACAGAUAGGACAACUGCUGCAACGGGACUUGAUUUACGCAUAUCAAGAUUUUACGAAAGAAGUCACUGUGGCUUGUGGCUAUGGCGAGAAGUUGACAAGUAUACCCGUAAAUUUCAAAACACCAAUCUAUGGGCCUAUAUCUCCUAAUUUCACGGAUUUCGCAGCUCCUGGAGUGAUUCUAACAAUCAUCUUUUUCCUCUCGAUUGCAUUGACAUCAGGCGCUAUGUUGCUAGAGAGAAAUGAAGGCUUGUUAGAAAGAAGUUUGGUAUCUGGUCUUACUGGCACGGAGAUUCUCUUUGGCCAAGUAAUUACUCAAUUUUUGGUGAUGUGGCAAACUGUGAUGGUCCUCAUAGUAUCCUUCGCUAUCUUCAGAGUCACAUGUGAGGGUGACAUUGGCUGGAUCACUACGUUGACUGUUCUUACAGGUCUCUGCGGCAUGUGUUUCGGAUUUGUUAUCGCCUGUUAUUGCGACAACGAAAGAAGCGCAACAUAUGUGGCAAUGGGUUCUUUCCUUCCCAUUGUGAUGUUGUGCGGCAUCAUCUGGCCCGUAGAAGGCAUGCACCCUACGUUGAGAUAUAUUAGUUUCAUAUUACCUUUGACAAAGAGUACAGAAGCGAUGAGAGCGAUGUUAGCCAGAGGCUGGCCGAUAUCAGACCCCGUGGUUUAUUAUGGCUUUAUCGCCACUUUUAUUUGGAUUAGCAUCUUUAUGAGUUUAGCAAUACUGCUGCUUAAAUUCAAAAAGGGUUAAUUUAAAGGAAGGGGGGAAUAGUUUUUUUAAAGGAAUAUAUAGAAAUUUAUCAAGUCUGUAAAUUGUAAUAUAAGAAAAAAUAAAUAAUAAAGAAAAACA